UAUGAUGAUGUGGCCCCCACAUUGUCAUAACCUCUCCGCCUGUCGAUGCAAGCAAACCCAAACAAAUAAUCACAAUUCAAUUUGGCAGUGCAUCCAAACAGGCCUAAAGUGAGAAGGAUCAAACUGGAGUUGCCUCAGAAUUUUUUUUUGAGAUUGAUACCUCAAAUUGCAGUGAUUUUCCUAUAGCUGUAAUUCCAUUUCACAGAAGUCCCCUUAAAAUAAGUGAAUGAUUGUAACAAUGCAAGAGCUAACGUCUGCGAUUGGGUCCGGUAAGGAAUCACAAUGGGUCAGAUGGGUCUGCAAUCCAACUUGCCUGGCCCCACUUCUGAGGCAGGUUUCAGCCAAACUAAAUGGGAAGUGGGUCGACUCAGGUUAGAAAUAUGGCUAGUUUAAAUAAAUGGGUCGGGCUUAGUUCGAAUUCUACACCACUUGGCCCACCCUUAUAACUUAUCAAUGACCCAAAUGGGCCAAAAAGACUGUAACUCUAUACAUACACCUGAUGCAGGUAUGUUUGUAUUUAUCCACUAGUCAGGCAGGGUCGACCUACCUUUAGUCCCAUAUUUCAUUUUUGAACCCGAGUGCGAUUGGGUCAGAUUAAUCAACCUAGACCCGAUUAUAACUAAAUGUGUCAGGUUGGGCUUGACGAAUCUUAAGUGGGUCGGGUCAGGAGGUUCUGACGAAAUUUUUAGCCUGUUUAGUAAAUGGGUCGAUUCGGGCUUUCCCCGACACGACCGAUUCCACUAGGUCCGUUCAUGAGGUGGGGCUAUCCAUGGAAGUGGUGGUCUAAAAUGCAGGCUGGAUGAUUUAAACCGCUUACUAUAGAGACCUUGUUUCAGUCUGAGGCCAGGCUCGCUUGUUGAGUCUUAUAGCCAAUUUGGGUCAAGAUCUGGUCCAGCUCAUGAAGCUCAUCUAGCAAAAGGGCUAUCAGAAAAGGGAGCAGAAGGCAACCGUCCAAGUUUACCAUCUCUCAAUCAGAAAUAACUUUGAGGCAGGGCCCAUCAACUCAAAUGUUUGGAUCAACAAAUCAUAGGUGAGCAUAUGCAAAAAGUAUACUUGGGCUUGAGUUGGGACACGGGUCCAUGGUCAAGUGGUCCGAACCAUUGGUCUAUUGGGCCCACAAUUAUGGCCCAUUCACCCAAGAAUGUUAUCGAUUGGACAAUCCCACCUUCCAAUUCGAACAAUCCCCAUUCAACUCAUUAAAAGGCCCAAGAUAAGCUCUAGAGCCAUGGUCCACCCAUGGCGUGGUCCAACCGACCUAUAAAAUGGACCACCAGACACGACGGGGCUGUCAAAGGGUCGAGUUCGGGUACCGCUCCUCAACAACCACGGUCUUUCUGGGUCGGGUCCGAACGGCCUCGCUCUGGAAACGCGAGUAGGUGUAUAUUUCCCCGGGUCGAGGGUCCUAUAAUUCCUCCUCCUAACCGCCUCUCUGUUCUGAAUGCAGCUCCCUUCGCUCUCGGGCGCACGUUAGCAGAAACCAAUACUCUCUCUCUCUCUCUCUCUCUCUCUCUCUCUCAUGGCGUCGUCGAAGCAUCCCCUUCCGAAAAUAGAAGAACCGGAUUCGAAAAGGCCAAAGCUCUCUUCUACAACACCAGAUUCUCAGCUCUCUAAAACCAUUUCUCGCCAAGUUGAGCUCAAUCGCGCCGAUUGCAAUUUGGAUUUUGAUGUAGAAGGAAGUGGUCUUCAAGGUCAUGCACUUCAAAAAGAUGGAUUUGCAUACUGCUGGUCUGGUGCUCGUGCAAAUGUUGGAAUAACUGGAGGGAAGUAUUGUUUUGGCUGCAAAGUCAUUUCUGCGCAGCCAGUCAUCAUGGAGGAUACUCCCCUGGAUCAGCAGCAUGUGUGUCGGGUUGGUAUUUCAAGAGGGGAUGAUAACGUGGGGAACCUCGGAGAAAGUGAACACAGUUUCGGAUUUGGAGGAACAGGGAAAUUUUCAAAUUCAGGGAAGUUUUCGGAUUACGGUACGAAGUUUGGUGUGGGUGAUACAAUCGUUUGUGCUGUGAACCUGGAAAACAAGCCAUUUGCUGUUAUUGGUUUUUCCAAGAAUGGGAAAUGGUUGGGUACUGCCAAGGAAUUCGAUGCGGGUCCAAGGGGUCUGGGGGUGGUGAAUUCUCCAGUGAGAAAGCUACAAUGGGAAUCAGCCUUGUUUCCACAUAUUCUUUUGAAAAAUGUGGUUGUUCAGGUGCAGUUUAGCGUUGAAGAUGGACUGGUUCCUGAAGAAGGUUAUAGGCCUUGGAGUUCUGCACUCGAAGACGGGAAUGUUAUCACGGGUCCCACCUUUUCCAAUCCCAAGGAUUGUGAGGUGCUGAUGAUGGUUGGUUUACCUGCUUCUGGCAAAACUACUUGGGCUGAAAAAUGGGUGAAGGAGCAUCCUGAAAAACGUUAUCUUUUGCUUGGAACAAACCUGGCUCUGGAUCAAAUGAAGGUGCCUGGACUUACUCGCAAGCAAAACUAUGGAGAACGUUUUGAUCGUUUGAUGGAUCGAGCCACGGGAAUAUUUAAUACUCUUUUAGCUAGGGCUGCCAAGACGCCUCGUAAUUACAUUCUCGAUCAAACAAACGUAUAUAAGAGUGCCCGUAAACGUAAAUUGAAGGCAUUUGUAAACUACCGCAAGAUUGCAGUGGUUAUUUUCCCAAGACCCGAUGAGCUGAAGCGUCGUGCAGAAAAACGGUUUAAAGAAAUGGGAAAGGAAGUGCCGGCUGAAGCAGUAAAUGAGAUGUUAGCAAACUAUGUCCUACCAAUGAGCAAAGAUAUGCCUGGAGCAGAUGAGUUUUUCGAUCAGGUUAUGUUUCCAGAAUUGAACAGAGCAGAGUCAGAAAGAUACCUGAAUGAAAUGAAAUGUGCACUAGGACCUUCCAAUUUGAAUAAUCGUGACUUCUCACCUUAUUCUCGUGAAAAUUCCAUCCAGUCGUUUACCAGCCCUUUGCCCCAAAAUGCUGGAGCUGUAUCAGCAGCUGGUGGACAUUGGAGAAAUUCUCACUCACCUCUCACCCCUCCAGAUUAUGGUUUCCACCAUCCCCAACUAGUGACCCCAUCGUAUUCCGGGGCUGGCGUAUAUGGAAAACCCGAAAUCUAUUCCGGAGGGUUCAGAUCUGGGUCAGGUGAUCCCAAUCUUUCCGUCCCAAGGGAUAGUCCUUAUGGGAACUAUUCUAAUUAUGACCAUUCAUUGACUAAGAAUGAACCCGAUUCCUAUGGAAGCUAUGGUGGGCAAGAUCCCUAUGAUAGACGUAACUUUGAAAGCAGGAUUGCCAUUCCUGGGGGUGGCACUGACCUCUCCCGGAGCUAUGGCGGGAAUGAUCCCUACAGCAGAUCCAGCUUUGAAGGCAGGCAUUCCACUCCUGUAGCUGACAAUGACCCCUAUCGGAGCUAUGGCAGGAAUGAUCACUACGGGACACCUAACUUGGAAAGGCCAACCUCAUUUGGCAGACCCAACUUUGAAAGCCCAAGGAGUUCCUUUUCGUACUGCAGUCCUGGCGCACAUGUUGGAGACCUUAAAUUGCCCCGAGCAGAUCCUCGAUCUCCAAUGGGGCCUCCGCUUGAGCCACACAGUCCUUUCACCACAUCUUAUGGUUCUCCUUAUGGAGUUCCACCACCAAGGCCUUCACCCGGUAAUUUUCCAUCAACUGAGAGGUGGCAUUCCGAGGGGUACCCUCCCCCAGGUCCCCGGUAUUAUUGACUGCAAUUUAGAAUGACAUCUGGGCCGUCUCUUGUUUUGUAAGAAGUUACACCUCCCUCAAGAACUCUCACUUCAGUGUAAAGAUGUUAUAUGAUAUCAUUUAUGGUUCAAAUAUAUUAUUAUUAUUUUUUUAAAAUCAGGAGCUUUUUUUUUAUACCUUCUCUUUGGGUUGGUUUUUGGAUGAUAGAGUGGGCAACUGAUGGAAUGUGUUUCAUUUUCAUGCCUGAAGAAAAGGGGGAAUGUUUUCAUAUGAUGCUUCAUCCAAUCCA